AUGCUGAUCGCUGAUCUUGCGAGUCUUGGCGAAAGCCAUUCAACGUGGGCACAGGUCUACUUGUCCUGCUGCAACACUGAGAGAGGUGACUGCUGGAAGUCCUGUGCCCACUGCUGCUGCUAUGAUCUCGACUUCGACAAUCUUCGACGAGCACUUGCCAGCCAUGUGCAUUCGCUGGACGCCCUUUCUCUGCCAGCUGAUAAGGUCAGACGAGCAUUUUGGCUGAUUCCGGAGGUCUACGUGGCAGGCUUCCACACGUCUCACUAUUGCUUCAGCAACGUCAGCAGUUGGGCGGCUUCCAAGGACCCGCUGGGGGUGCUGGCCACUCGACUCUUCUUUCACGAAGUCGAGGCUUUGUGGACUGAACACAGACAGGCUGAGAUGGACCUCAGAGAGCUUUAUUAUGUGCAGGAGUCCUGGGGCAUGCUACAGCUCGCUCUGACAUCUUUCUCACUAGCGGACUUGGCACGCAGCGGCUGGCAUUUGCUCCUGCUUGCCAAGGCCUUCUACUUAUUUUUUGAAGUUCCUGCUGCUGUCAGCGAGGAGCGCGAGAGAUUGUGGAAUGAUGCAGGAGCUGAUGGCAGGUUCUUCCGACUUUUAUGGCGAUAUGCUUCUCGUUCAGAACCUCUUGCCGCCACAAUGCGGGAGACGGAGGUGCCUCUGGACGAGGUGGAGGAGCGAGGUCUGGCAUCGGAGCUGCAGCGGCUGGCCCAGGGCGUGUCUCCCGCACUGCGGCCUGCGGCGCAGCUGCUCCUUGCAGAGCUGCAGCACGACGAGAGUGACAUGCCUUCGUGCCGGCUGUCAGCUCUGGACGACGGGCUCCUGAGAACCAUCUCCGAGCUUUUGGGGGAGGUGCCGAGUGUCAACAGGUUGAUCUUCCACACCUUUCCUGUCUUACCACUCCUGGAGCGCUUGCUGUCGCCAACCGCGGCCCAGGUGGCCGGGCUGAUGCUCUGCACUCCGCCGCUGUGGCGUGGUGACUUGGCUGCUUCCACGGCAGCAAGGAUACAUGCCAGUGGCGACACGGGUUGCAAGGAAUUGCAGAACUUGAUCCAUGACGGAGAUAUCGACUGCGUGGUUGACGUCGGAGCUAUGUUCGGGGCAUGCGCUGCUUCGGCUGCCCACGCUUUCCAUCACGUGAAUGUUAGGGCGUACGAAAAGAGCCCAUCAAGCGCACGUCUCAUGCAAAGGACUGCCCAUCUUGGCCAGCUGAGCAUGGAGGCGCGGGCAGUAUGCCUGGUCAGCUCCGAGUGCGUGGACUGCGAGGUCUGCAGCACGUUGGAAGAUGAGUACCCCUUUGCCUGCAAGGGACGUAUCCUCCUGUGGAUGAGUCAGAUGAGUGGGCCUUUGCAUUCCAUCUUGAAGGGUGGUCGACUGCUCUUCCGGAAGCGGCUGGUGCACUCUGUGGCAGCCGGAGACUAG